AUGGUGCAAAUAAGCGAAGUUACUGAUCAAACUACAUCUUUACCUACUGCUGGUGGUGGUGGUACAUCCACCUCCAAAGAGAACAGAACCGCCGCCCACACACACAUCAAAGGACUCGGUUUAAACGAACAUGGAACAGCCAAGCCCAUUGAAGGUGGGUUUGUCGGACAACAAGAUGCACGUGAAGCGUGUGGUAUAAUUGUUGAUUUAAUCAAGAGCAAGAAAAUGUCGGGAAAGGCAGUCUUGAUUGCCGGCCCACCAGCCACAGGUAAAACAGCAUUGGCAUUGGCUGUCUCACAGGAAUUGGGACCAAAAGUGCCCUUUUGUCCUAUUGUGGGGCUGGAGUUGUAUUCAGCUGAAGUUAAAAAGACAAGUGCAUUGAUGGAGAAUUUCCGUAAGGCGAUUGGGUUGAGAAUUAAAGAAACGAAAGAAGUGUAUGAAGGUGAAGUGAUUGAAUUGACUCCUGAAGAAGCCGAGAAUCCAUUGGGUGGGUAUGGUAAAACUAUAAGUCAUGUGAUUGUUGGGUUGAAAACGGCCAAGGGAACGAAAAACUUGCGUUUGGAUCCAAGUAUAUAUGAAUCAUUACAGAAGGAACGCGUAGCCAUUGGAGAUGUUAUUUACAUUGAAUCAAAUACUGGGGCCGUUAAACGCGUUGGGAGAUCAGAUGCAUACGCUACUGAAUUUGAUUUAGAAGCAGAAGAGUAUGUGCCACUUCCCAAGGGAGAAGUACACAAGAAGAAGGAAAUUGUUCAAGAUGUCACAUUACAUGAUUUGGAUGUGGCCAAUGCCAGACCUCAAGGUGGACAAGACGUAUUGAGUAUGAUGGGACAAUUGUUGAAGCCGAAAAAGACAGAAAUCACCGAUAAAUUACGCAGUGAAGUCAACAAGGUAGUUUCAAAAUAUAUUGAUCAAGGAAUAGCCGAAUUGAUCCCUGGAGUAUUGUUUAUUGAUGAAGUAAAUAUGUUGGACUUGGAAAUUUUUACAUAUUUGAAUAAAGCAUUGGAAAGCAGUAUUGCCCCCAUUGUCAUAUUAGCUUCAAAUAGAGGAUUAACUACCGUUAAAGGAUCUGAUGAUUUGUCAAUUAAAGCCCCUCAUGGAUGCCCACCCGAUUUAAUUGAUCGUUUAUUGAUUGUUAGAACCUUGCCUUAUAACCAAGAUGAAAUCAAGACGAUCAUUACAAAAAGAGCCAACUUGGAAAACUUAAUCUUGUCUGAUGAUGCAAUUAAUAAAUUGAGCCAUGAUGGGUUACAGACGUCAUUGAGAUAUGCAUUGCAGUUGUUGACACCUGCUGGUAUAUUAAGUUCAAUUGCUGGCCGUUCAAAAGUUGAAUUACAAGAUGUUGAAGAGUGUGAAUUGUUGUUUUUGGAUUCAAGAAGGUCAACUAAAGUAUUGAAUGAAUCAAAGACAUUCCUUUAG